CAGGCGCCGCGACAUCGGGAACGCAGAAGUUUUAGUUAUUUUAAGUGCAUAAAUUAUCGAACGAUCAUAAGAAACGAUGGCGUUGCGUGUACUUGGAGCAACGCAAAAUAUUCGCACAUAUAUGCGCGGCGUUGACCUCAUCAAGCGCUACAAAUCGGCUUUAACCGUCAAGAAGACGCUGUUGAACAUACCCGCCACGCAGGUGACCAAGCUGGACAACGGCCUGCGCGUCGCUAGCGAGGAUUCCGGCGCCUCCACUGCCACCGUUGGACUCUGGAUCGAUGCUGGUUCCCGUUCCGAGAAUGACAAGAACAAUGGCGUUGCCCACUUUCUUGAGCACAUGGCCUUCAAGGGCACUGCCAAGCGUUCCCAAACCGAUCUGGAGCUUGAAGUUGAGAACAUGGGUGCUCACCUGAACGCGUACACUUCUCGGGAGCAGACUGUGUUCUACGCCAAGUGCUUGUCCAAGGAUGUGCCCAAGGCAGUUGAGAUUUUGGCCGAUAUCAUUCAGAAUUCAAAACUGGGCGAGUCUGAGAUAGCGCGCGAGCGUUCGGUCAUUCUGCGCGAGAUGCAGGAGGUGGAGAGCAACUUGCAGGAGGUGGUCUUUGAUCACUUGCACGCCACCGCUUACCAGGGCACCCCCUUGGGCCAGACCAUUCUCGGCCCUACCAAGAACAUUCAGUCUAUUGGCAAAUCCGAUUUAACCGAUUACAUUCAGACCCACUAUAAGGCAUCGCGCAUUGUUUUGGCUGGUGCUGGUGGCGUCAAGCACGACGAGCUGGUUAAGUUGGCGGAUCAGUCUCUUGGCCGCUUGGAGGCUAGCGUUCUGCCAGCAGAAGUGACACCUUGUCGCUUCACCGGCUCAGAGGUGCGCGUGCGUGACGAUUCGCUGCCAUUGGCUCACGUAGCUGUCGCUGUUGAGGGAUGCGGCUGGACCGAUCAGGAUAACAUCCCAUUGAUGGUGGCCAACACUUUAGUUGGUGCCUGGGACCGCUCCCAGGGCGGCGGCGCCAACAAUGCAUCCAACCUAGCACGCGCCAGUGCCGAGGACAAUUUGUGCCACAGCUUCCAGUCUUUCAACACCUGCUAUAAGGAUACUGGCCUCUGGGGCAUCUACUUCGUUUGCGAUCCAUUGCAGUGUGAGGAUAUGAUCUACAACGUGCAAACCGAAUGGAUGCGCCUGUGCACCAUGGUCACCGAGGCGGAGGUUGAGCGCGCCAAGAACUUGUUGAAGACAAACAUGCUGCUGCAAUUGGAUGGUACUACACCUAUUUGCGAGGACAUUGGUCGCCAGAUUCUGUGUUAUAAUCGCCGCAUCCCGUUGCACGAGCUGGAGCAGCGCAUCGAUGCCGUCAGUGUGCAGAAUGUGCGCGACGUGGGCAUGAAAUAUAUUUAUGACAGAUGCCCCGCUGUGUCCGCCGUUGGGCCCGUUGAGAAUCUGCCCGACUACAACAGAAUUCGCUCCUCCAUGUACUGGUUGAGGGUUUAGGAUCCAUGCCGGUGCUAAAACAUUGUUGCUAGCCGAGUAGUUUAAUUGAAGAAAAUUUUAUGCAAGAGAAUCAGUAAAAACCAAAAUAAAAUAAAACUUACUAAAAUAAAA